UUUCAACGGCCAAGAAUGAUGCCAUGACUGCAGAAUGACAAUAUGUGUAGGAUCCACCUAACAUAUUAUCAUUUGACAGUAUUUAUGUACAUAUAUUUAUAAUAUAAAGACUAUAUAUUAUAUAAAAUAUAAAAGAUAACCCAGUUAGCAGCGAAAAUUGGACUGUUCUCUCAUUAUAUAUGCACUUCACAUGGCUCUGGCAGUGAAGUUUUCUUUUGUUUUGUUUAUGUUCUUACUAGUAUGACUCAUGAACUUUACAAGGGUCUUGAUUUUUGAAGCUGUAAUAAGGUAACUUAAACCAUAAAAAUAAAAAAAAUACUAAUAAAAAAAGGACUACUACCAACUAUUGUAAGUGUGUAGUGAGUUUGAAAGGUGUGGAAUUCUCUGUCAAAUACUAUUUUGAUGCUAUAACAUGGGUCUUUGUCAUUAGGCAAGUUGUCACUGAAGAAAACCAACAACCAAUAUAGCUCAUCCCAGUGUUUACUGAUCUUUUCACAGAAUCUCUUAAUUAAAUCACCCCCAUUCUAGAAUCUAGAUAUUUGGAGGUGGUGGGUUUGUUUCAUCAUUAUUAGAAGAACUAUGAAGUGAGCAGUUAUUGGUGGUGAAACCGUGAAAACACAUCAUAGAUCAUGGAGUUCUUAAGUUUGUGGAGAUGGGUUUUAGUUCUUAGUAACUAGUAUGUAGGGUAUUGAUUGAAUAGUUGUUUAAAAGCUUAAAACUUCAUAAAAAAAAAAAAAGAGAAGAGUAAGGCUUUAUUAUAUAUUACCUUGUUGAAAAUGCUUGAUGGGGCCAUGAAAAUGUCCUUCCAUACACUUCAUAGUCCUCCUGUUCUUCUUGGCCUUGUAACAAAGAACAGAGCCUACUUUGGAGCCAGACGUAUAAGAUCACCAAAUCAUCAUCAUCUUCCAUCAUUGACAGUACAAGUAUCUUCAGUUCUGGUUCAGACUGAUGAAAGUGGAAACUUACCAGAACCCAUCAAGGUUUUAAGCUCUGGGGUGGUGAAUCAAAGGCCAAGAUGCACUCAAACCUCAGACCAACUCCUCAGCCAGCCAAAUACCAUCGGCAUCAUAGGUGGAGUCUCUGCUUUUUCCACUCUCAUUUUCCUGGAAAAGCUUGUCUGGUGGGGGAUCAGAGCUGGGGGUUGCCCACCCUUUGUGGUCUGCAGUGACUCAUCACUACGGAUGAAGCUUCCCAUUUUGAAUUCAUUUCACUCGUUUAAUGCUCAUAUGGUUCAAAUCCCAUCAUCUAAGUUCGGUCCGGUAGUCGAGAGCUUAAGGCAAAAAAGGGUCUUUCUUGAGCAAUCUGGAGCUCGCUGUAUAGUCAUGCCUUGCCAUGUUUUACAUGUAUGGCAAGGUGAGAUAUCUGAAGGGUGUUCUUUGCCUUUCCUUCAUGCUGGUGAGUGUGUCGCCAAGGAGCUUUUGGAAGCAAAGUUGAAGCCUCUUGAGGUUGGUAAUGGUGUAAGGAUUGGAGUUCUUGCCUCCAAUGAAUCUCUAGUGGCUGGUAUAUAUCAAGAGAAGCUGCAGAACGAGGGCUUUGAGGUUGUUUUGCCAGACAGAGCAACAAUGGAGCACGUGGUGAUUCCUGCAGUAGAAGCAGUGAAGAGAGGCGACAAAAAAGGAGCUCGGAAUCUCAUGAAAAUAGCAGUACAGAUUCUAUUGAUGAGAGCUGUAAAUACUGUGGUAAUCGCUUGUGAUGAAAUGCAGGGUCUUCUUCCACAUAAUGAUCCUCUUCUUCACAAAUGUACUGAUCCCAUGGAUGCUCUUGCAAGGUCAACAAUAAGAUGGGCUAAUUCUGACGCAAAUAUGCAGAUAUGAUGAGCAAAGAGAGCUUAGAUUCAUAUUUGGUAGUAUUUAUGAUAUGUGUAUAUUUCAUAAUGCCAUUGUAAUCGAUAAGGACUUUGUUUUUGUACAUGUUACUUCCAUUUGUGUUUACUUGCUUGCAUUUAUAGAUUCAAUCUGCUUCUUCUUAUACCUCAACCAAAUAAGUGAAAAAAGAUUACUUGUAUAAUUGCUCUGCUUGGAAGAUCAGUGGAGUUGUAGUGGGGACUCAUGAUUUUGUAAUCUGAAAAGAGUAUCAGGUAAACAAGUUGAUUCGGAUUUGCAGUGCA